AUGCAGGAGGAGGAUAUAACACACUAUAUGACUUCCCAACUGGUCAACAAGAAUAUGACAUUCAAAAUGAGGGGACAGGGGGAUAUAAAGGCCCAAGUUGAUGCAGGAGGUGGACAUGCCACACAAUAUGACUUCCAAAAUAAUUUACAACAAGGAUAUGACUAUCCAAAUGAGGUGCAAGGUGGAUAUGAAGAUCAAUAUAAUGCCCAGGUUGAUGAAAAUGGAGCAGAGUUUGACCUCCAAAUUGGUCAAGAAGGAAAUGACAUUAACACUGAGGCCCAAGUUGAUGCAGGAGGAGGAUAUAACACACUAUAUGACUUCCCAACUGGUCAACAAGAAUAUGACAUUCAAAAUGAGGGGACAGGGGGAUAUAAAGGUCAGUAUAAUGCCCAGAUUGAUGAAAAUGGAGGAGAGUUCUACCUCCAAAUUGGUCAAGAAGGAUAUGACAAUACAAAUGAGGCCCAAGUUGAUGCAGGAGGAGGACAUGCCACACAAUAUGACUUCCAAACUAAUUUACAACAAGGAUAUGACUAUCCAAAUGAGGUGCAAGGUGGAUAUGAAGAUCAAUAUAAUGCCCAGGUUGAUGAAAAUGGAGCAGAGUUUGACCUCCAAAUUGGUCCAGAAGGAUAUGACAUUAACACUGAGGCCCAAGUUGAUGCAGGAGGAGGAUAUAACACACUAUAUGACUUCCCAACUGGUCAACAAGAAUAUGACAUUCAAAAUGAGGGGACAGGGGGAUAUAAAGGUCAGUAUAAUGCCCAGAUUGAUGAAAAUGGAGGAGAGUUCUACCUCCAAAUUGGUCAAGAAGGAUAUGACAAUACAAAUGAGGCCCAAGUUGAUGCAGGAGGAGGACAUGCCACACAAUAUGACUUCCAAAAUAAUUUACAACAAGGAUAUGACUAUCCAAAUGAGGUGCAAGGUGGAUAUGAAGAUCAAUAUAAUGCCCAGGUUGAUGAAAAUGGAGCAGAGUUUGACCUCCAAAUUGGUCAAGAAGGAAAUGACAUUAACACUGAGGCCCAAGUUGAUGCAGGAGGAGGAUAUAACACACUAUAUGACUUCCCAACUGGUCAACAAGAAUAUGACAUUCAAAAUGAGGGGACAGGGGGAUAUAAAGGUCAGUAUAAUGCCCAGAUUGAUGAAAAUGGAGGAGAGUUCUACCUCCAAAUUGGUCAAGAAGGAUAUGACAAUACAAAUAAGGCCCAAGUUGAUGCAGGAGGAGGACAUGCCACACAAUAUGACUUCCAAAAUAAUUUACAACAAGGAUAUGACUAUCCAAAUGAGGUGCAAGGUGGAUAUGAAGAUCAAUAUAAUGCCCAGGUUGAUGAAAAUGGAGCAGAGUUUGACCUCCAAAUUGGUCAAGAAGGAAAUGACAUUAACACUGAGGCCCAAGUUGAUGCAGGAGGAGGAUAUAACACACUAUAUGACUUCCCAACUGGUCAACAAGAAUAUGACAUUCAAAAUGAGGGGACAGGGGGAUAUAAAGGUCAGUAUAAUGCCCAGAUUGAUGAAAAUGGAGGAGAGUUCUACCUCCAAAUUGGUCAAGAAGGAUAUGACAAUACAAAUGAGGCCCAAGUUGAUGCAGGAGGAGGACAUGCCACACAAUAUGACUUCCAAACUAAUUUACAACAAGGAUAUGACUAUCCAAAUGAGGUGCAAGGUGGAUAUGGAGGUCAAUAUAAUGCCCAGGUUGAUGAAAAUGGAGCAGAGUUUGACCUCCAAAUUGGUCAAGUAGGAUAUAACAUUAACACUGAGGCCCAAGUUGAUGCAGGAGAACAAUAUGGCACGCAAUAUGACCAAACUCAUCUACAACAAGUAUAUGACAUUAACACUGAGGCCCAAGGUGGAUAUGGAGGUCAAAAUGAGAUCCAAGUUGGUCUAGAUUCAGGAUAUGGUAGUCAAGACCAAGGAUAUGAAAACCCAGAUGGCGGAUACGAUAGUUCAUAUCUCCAAGCACCUACAAAGUCACAACCAGAAGAGACAGAGAUGUCUGGUAGUUGUGGUACUUGGGGAAAAGGAGCUUAUAAAACAUUACAUGGUCAAGUAUUUUAUGUAAAGUCCUCAAGCAUUGUGGCUCUUUGUUAUCACUGUGUUGAGGAAGCUCAAGAAUUUAAUGUCCAAGCAAAGCGCUAUAGUGAUGGAUCACUAGAAAAUAUUCAUGUGAAAUUAGACAGCAGUGAAAUUGAAGUUAGCACUGGUGGCAUCCAAGUGAACAGCCAACCCGUUACUAUACCUUAUAUGAACAAGAAUUUCCGCAUCCACAAAUGUGGCAUGUAUACAAAGAUUACCAGUAAUAGGAAUGUAAUAACUGUAACGUUCAAUUUGGACUUAGGAGUUGAUAUUAAUCUUGAGAAGAGUUAUAAAACUUGCGGACUCUGUGGAGAUUCUAAUUUUAUUUCAGAUGAUGGUUGGGAAGCCUUCUUUGAGAAAAAUAUUAUUGAAUUUGAAGGAGAAACUAAAGUUCCAUUAAAUCCUCCUCCUUAUGAAGCAACAGUGUAUUGUGCUGGUGUCAUGAGACGCAACUUUUUGUCACUAGAACCUGAUGAUCUGGAUAAAUAUAUAAAAAUUUGUGCCUAUGAAUACAGUGAAUGUGAAGAUUCGGACAAGAGAUCAUGUGCAUGUCCAACAUUUACAGAAGUAGCUUUCCUCUGUGGUAAUAGUGGCUGUUCAGACUCUUUGAGUGCUUGGAGAACUGAUGAAAAUGUAGUAUGUGAAAUACCAGUGUGUCCAGAUACACAAAGCUUUGAUGAAUGUGCCCCUAUUUCUCAACCGACCUGCUCGAAUCCAACUCCCAGUCAAGAUGUCGGGGUUGUAGCUGGCUGUACCUGUCCUGAUGGUUUGGUGUUAAAUGACGUUCCUUCUGGAACUUACAAUCAAUGUGUAAAUAUCAAUGAAUGCCCCUGUUCAUACGGCGGACUAUUCUAUCAACCUGGUUCAUCACGAGAAAGCACAUGCAAUUCUUUGUGUCAAUGUUUGGGUGGAGAAUGGAAAUGUUCAGAAGAAAAAUGUCCUGGGACCUGCAAGAUUGAAGAGGGUCUUUAUGUCACUACCUUUGAUGGCAAGAAAUACAAUCUAUAUGGCAACUGUGAAUAUAUCAUAUCACAUGAUGAAACCUGGCUUAUAUCUGGUGAGAUAAUUCAGACUGUUAAUGCUCAGUCAACAAGUUCCCUAAAUAGCAUUACUCUUGUACUUAAUAGGGGAAAGGUAGAAAAUAAAUUUGUGAUUCGGAAAGAUGGUGUGAUAUCUAAUAGUGACAUUAAAGAUCAAAAUCACCACAAAUCAGAUCAAAUGAACAUCAUUCGAAUCGACGACCAUCUUAACAUUAAGAUGAAAAAUGGUUUAGAAAUGUUAUUGCAACUCAAGCCUACAAUGCAAUUAUAUAUCUCAGUCCCAAAUACUGGAUUUGAAAACACAAGAGGUCUCUGUGGUUCAUACAAUAAUAAAGGAGAUGAUGACUUCAUGUCAAAUCAAAACAUAUUGGAGUCUUUACCAGAAGCCUUUUUCAGGUCAUGGACGAUAGCAUCUUGCCCAAAACUAGAUCCACCAACUUGCAUCAGCUUAGAUAAUGAAAUGUUCGCCCAAGAGCAUUGUUCUCAGCUGAAAGAUCCUAAUGGACCUUUUGCUACUUGUCAUUUCGAUGUGGAUUACAGAAUUUACUAUGAGAGAUGUGUAAGUUUAACUUGUAUAAGUGAAGAUGUUGAAGCAGGCUUGUGUACUGCACUGGCAAAUUAUGCAUUGGCAUGUGCUGAAAAUGGCAUUUUUAUAAAUAAUUGGAGAAAUGAAACUUGUGAAAAGAGGUGCAAAAACAAUCAAAUAUUGCAAUACAGUCAAGUGUCCUGUCUCCCAACAUGUUUUAUGAGCUCUUCCACUGAAGAAUGUGUUAAACAAGGCAUUUUGGCUGAAGUAUGCGGAUGCCCAGAAGGACAAUAUCUGAACAAUAAGGAUGCUUGUGUCUCAAAAUCAGAAUGUGACUGUUUCCUUGGUUACGAUGUAGUGCCAGCUCAUGAGAAAAUUGUAAUAGAUAGUUAUAAAUGUGAAUGUUUUGAAGGAAAUAUUGCCUGCGUUUCUGACCAGGAUGGAGACACAGAUCUUUGCUCUGGAGGUGCUGAAUUUGUGGACUGUAGCUAUCCAAACACACAAAGACGCAUUGACUUAGAUUGCAGUACUAAGAAUGUGCCAAUGAUCAGUAAUUAUGAAGAUUGUAAACCUGGAUGUUACUGCCCUUUUGGCAUGGUCAGAGACUCAAAAGGAAACUGUAUACCAUCAACAGACUGUCCAUGUAUUUAUGGGGGGGAUGAGUAUACAAGUGGAAGUUCUGUAAAGAUUUCUUGCAAUCAAUGUGUCUGCAAUAAAGGAACAUGGGAAUGUGAUUCAAAUGAAUGCCAAACAACAUGCAGUAUUUUUGGUGAUGGUCAUGUACAAACCUUUGAUGGCAUGUGGUAUACAUUUGAUGGGCUCUGCCAAUACACUCUUGUUAAAGAUAUUUCAAAUGAUGGUGCAUUUCAAAUCUCAGCACAAAGUAUUCCAUGUUGUGAAGAUGGGCUUACUUGUUCCAGGAAAAUCCUCAUAAACUCAAAUGGAACUUCAAUCACUCUUCAAGAUGAAAAAGUUAGAAGUGAUCAUUCACAAUCAGACCGUUCAAGCACUGACGCCUAUUCUGUGGCUAAAAUUGGCUCAUACUUGCUUGUCACUAUUCAAAGUGGAAUCACAUUAAUCUGGGAUAAAUAUACAUCAAUAAAAGUGGCGCUUCCUCCUGAAUGGAGUAAUAAAGUUGCUGGCAUAUGUGGAAAUAACAAUGGUGAUAUAAAGGAUGAUUUUACAGCAAGAAAUGGAAUGAAAAUGACAAGAGCAAUAGACAUGGGAAACAGCUGGAAGGAUGACCCAACUUGUUUAGACACAGAGACACAACUUUUUCCAUGUGAUGCUAAUCCUUACUGCAAAGCCUGGGCCCUCAGAAAAUGUCAAAUAAUAAAGGAUGUUACAUUUAAAGAUUGCCACUCGAAAGUUGAUCCAACACCUUAUUAUGAAGCCUGCAUUAGUGAAGCAUGCGUAUGUGAUAUGGAAGGAAAAUAUCUUGGGUUUUGUACAUCUGUUGCCAAUUAUGCUGAUGCCUGUAUGGCAGUAGGAGUAUGUACUAACUGGCGUAAUGCAGAUCUUUGUCCUGUUUGCUGCGAUUAUUACAAUGCCAAGGGAGAAAAUAUUUGGCAUUAUGAGCCUUGUGGAGCAGCCAAUGUGAAAACAUGUAGCAAUCAAGAUAUUAUGGAUAAGUUUUCACCAUUGUUAGGAGGUUGCUACCCAAGCUGUCCCUCUGAUGCCCCUUACCUAGAUCAAAAUGUUAUGCAAUGUGUUCAGCUUUCACAAUGCAGCUGUUCCUAUAAUAACCAAAUAAUUGCUGCGAAUUCUAUGGUGUAUGACCAGAAUGGCAAACUAUGCCACUGUGAUAAUGGAAAUGUAAUAUGUGAAGAAGAACCUACACCAUCAAUAUCUUCAGAAGAACCAAUACCAACCACACCAGUGAAAUAUCCAGGCAAUAUCCCAGGUUUCCCAGAAGUCUACUACCCAGAAACACCAGAAGGCUAUACCCCAGGUUUUCCAGAAGUCUACUACCCAGAAACACCAGAAGGUUAUAUCCCAGGUUUUCCAGAAGUCUACUACCCAGAAACACCAGAAGGUUAUAUCCCAGGUUUUCCAGAAGUCUACUACCCAGAAACACCAGAAGUCUACUAUCCAGAAACACCAGAAGGCUAUACCCCAGGUUUUCCAGAAGGCUACAUCCCUGGUUUUCCAGAUGUCUACUAUCCAGAAACACCAGAAGGCUAUACCCCAGGUUUUCCAGAAGGCUACAUCCCUGGUUUUCCAGAUGUCUACUACCCAGAAACACCAGAAGGCUAUACCCCAGGUUUUCCAGAAGGAAAUGUAGGAGUAACUGAAUCAGGCUUCUUCGCAGAAACUACAGAAGGCUAUAUCCCAGAUUUCCCAGAAGUCUCCUACCCAGAAACACCAGGAGGCAACAGCCCAGGUUUUCCAGGAGGAAAUGUAGGAGUAACUGACUCAGUCUACUACCCAGAAACACCAGAAGGUUUUCCAGAAGUCUACUACCCAGAAACACCAGAAGGCUACAUCCCAGGUCUUCCAGAUGUCUACUACCCAGAAACACCAGAAGGCUAUACCCCAGGUUUUCCAGAAGGCUACAUCCCAGGUUUUCCAGAUGUCUACUACCCAGAAACACCAGAAGGCUAUACCCCAGGUUUUCCAGAAGGCUACAUCCCAGGUUUUCCAGACGUCUACUACCCAGAAACACCAGAAGGCUAUACCCCAGGUUUUCCAGAAGGAAAUGUAGGAGUAACUGACUCAGGCUUCUUCCCAGAAACUACAGAAGGCUAUAUCAAAGAUUUCCCAGAAGGAAAUGUAGGAGUAACUGACUCAGUCUCCUACCCAGAAACACCAGGAGGCAACAGCCCAGGUUUUCCAGGAGGAAAUGUAGGAGUAACUGACUCAGUCUCCUACCCAGAAACACCAGGAGGCAGCAGCCCAGGUUUUCCAGGAGGUAAAACGGAAUUUAAUCUUACUUUACUUCUGUAG